AUGACCCGUCUGUCGCUGAUCACCAGCGCGACUGGCGCCCUUGUGGCCGGUACGAUUGUAUACGCCGUGCAUGCCUCUAUGCGGGACCAAACGCAUUUCAUGGUGGCAGAGAUGCGGGCCAAGACAGAAGGUCUCGAGAAGGCCGAGGACUUUGACAAGACGAGUGGCCGGCGGAUUGUGCGGGCGCCUGUGUCUGCGUACAAUCCUGGUAUGCCGACAUUCUGGGAGGAAAUGAAGUCGCGCUGGAACCACUACCUUACCAAGGCAGUCUACAAGGUGCACAGUCUGGACCCUAUGGACGCCAUGGGCCCAGCGCACGGCCACACUGCAAACUCGACAGGCGAGUCGAUUCGCGAUGCUUUGGAGUCUCUUGCACCGCACGCUCUGGAUGCGCAGCCCAAGUUUGGCAUCCUGCACCGCCGAUUUGGCGACGAAAACACACAUUACAUGGGCCAAGGCGCUUCGUUGCGGUAG